UCUAGCGAUAUCAUUUUGUAUAUCGCAACAAUUUAUUGGACAUCAGGACCUCGCGCAAAGAAAUCUGGGAAGAAAUGACGUCAUCUCUUGCUGUAGUGCCGGGAAUCUCGAAAUCGAGCAGUUGGUGAACAACAACGAACAACAGUCUGAAAACUCUGAGGUGCCGCCUCUGCCGAGUGAAUGACCCCACCCUCCACCCCCUCCCCCGUCAGAUGACUCAGAACAUUUAGAGGACGUGAAAUUGCGGGAAAACACUGGCUCGUCACUUCAUACGUCAUCCCCGGACUUGCAACUUUCCAUCCGCCUCAGCUGCAGUUCUUCAGACAAACCUAGUGACACAGGAGGGCAGGUAAACAUGGACCAGACAGUCAGGCUGAAGUGUGGGUGCUGCGAUUAUCGCUGUUUCCUCCCGGAAAGAUUAAAGAAACACUGGAGGAAAUACCACAGACCUGUACUCACUUGUGAGAUAUGCAGUUAUAAAUGCCUCCAACCCAAAACGAUGCGAAAACACUUGAAAACACACCCAGACUUGAAGAAAAAGAUGUCAAGCACUGCACUAGCCGCAUGGCAAACAUACACUGAACCGAUAUUUACCUGUGAGCUCUGUAAACAUCAGUGUAAAUCGUAUGAUCUUUUACUGAAACAUAUGAAGCAGCAUAAUCGAAAGUAUAAAGGAUACUCUCCUGAUGGAAUCAGGUCAGUCCUGUGCUGUGACAGCUGUGAUUAUGAGUGCGUCAAUCCCAAGACAAUGAGAAGGCAUAUCAAAAAUCAUACAAACAGAAAGUCAAACAAUACACAGUCCAGUGGUGACCAUGAGAACAUUGAUUCCCAGUCAUCGCAAAAAAGCACCAAGAAACAUGCAGAUGGAAUCAUCGUAGAUGAUAACCCUGGGUCUACUGAAAGUUUCAAGUCUUCAAGUUGUCUCAGUAUCUACAACAAGGAUCACACGAUGGAUUACGAGGAGGAAGAGCACAGAACUCAGCCUGGCCUAGCAUCAGUUGAGUUUGAAAGUCAAACCAAUAAGGCUAAGACAUUUAGUGGGACUGAAGUAGUAUCAAGGGACAAUAUGCCUUACUGUACAAUUUAUUGGAGCUACGGUGGCUGCAGCAGUUCUAACACUGGACACUUGGUGGAGCUUCAUGUUGGUAAUAAUGUUGUAACAUCAGAUGACUUACUAUGAAAACUGAGGAGCAGUACACAGUGGAGCCACAUUCAAGCAAAAUGCCUUAUUUGAACAAUAAUUUGCCUCUUUUCUGAACAGGCAUAUGUAUGAAAAAUAUGCCUCUUAUCUUCAGUUAAUGAUUCAAAUUGUAUUAGAUGGUUGAAAUACAUGUAUCCUCUAAAGGUUAUAAGUAAUGAAUAUGUGGCAAAGCAGUUUUAUUAACAAAAUAGAUCUUUGCUUCGUUGAACCACUGUCAUAUUUUGUUUGCCUUUGGAAGAGUUGCAAUAACAUUGAGUU